AUGCCAACAAAUGCCGCAGUGACCACGGAGGACGUUGGGGCCGCCGCGCCCGCCAGCAUCAGCCUCAAGGCCGCCUCCAGCCCCACAUCACCCACGUCGUCCAACUCGACCGCAGCUGCGCUCCGCUCGCUCUAUCCCCGCGCUGCGCGGGCCUUUCUCCAGCGCGACACCGCGCUCACGCACGCGCUGCUCGCCUCGGCCUUCACGCUGCUCGCACCGCCGCCCGCGGGUGCGGGCACGCCGGACCCGCUCGCGGGGCAGCGCCGCAAGUGGGAGAUCCUCCGCAUCACGUUCGAGACGACGCUCUACGCUGCGCCCGCCGCGCAGGACUCGGACACGGUCGCGCUACCGCUACGCGAGGACCUGCUGCUCUCGCCGCAGCCGUUCAUCGCGACGGUGUACAACCGGUCGCUCGCGCUCUUCACGCCUGCGCACCCGCCGAGGAAGCCGACGGCGGCGUUUCUGCCUGCGCAGAUCCUGGUUACGCUCGUGCUGGCGAGUUUGAAGCUGGGGUGCACGCAGGUUGGGAGGGGGAUGGUCGAGGAGUGGCUUGCGAGGAGGGGAGGAGAGGAGGGCGCGGAGGAUGCGGAGGGGUAUGCGAAGGUGUUGGAGCUGUAUUGUUUGCAUGUCCUCCCGAGGCUUGAGGAGUGGGACUAUGCGGAGGAGUUUAUACAGUUGGAGAUGGAGCUGCCGCUUGAGACGAGGAAGUACAUGAUUACAUCCCUCCAUUCCCUCCAUGCCCAGGGUCUUGCAGUAUCCCAGCGGAAUCGCAUACAAAAGAGCAUUCCACCGUCCGCGACAGAACCCAUUCUCCCACCCGCCCGCUCCGCCUCCCCCGCAUCCUCCGCAUCAAGCGGUUCCACACACACCGCGACACCCACAACACCACGUCCAGGUGGCAAAAGCGACCUACAAUCCCUCACGCACAUGCAGCCCUCGCCUCACUCCGGCUCCUCCCAGUCCAUCUCCUCCGCCGCAACCUCCCGCACCGUCACGCCCGCCCUCGUCGAGCGACAGCGCUCCCGCUCCUCCAACCGCACGAGAAGCCGCCGAGGCGCGCAGGCACGCUCGCGCGAUCCGCGCUCGGGGUCGUCCACGCGCGGGGCGAUAUCUCCGAUCCCGCGACCGCCGCGCGCGCUGCCUGUAGAGGCCCCACAGCCCCGCCCGCCGACGACGCUUGCGCUGGUGCGCUCGUCGCUUGAGGCGUUGCUGCAUAGCAUGUCGCGCGCGCGGCUGACGGCGUACCUCCUGUUCUUCGUUGUGUUUCCGCUGCUGUCGUUUGUGUUCCGCCUGAGGAGACGGAGGACGAGUGCGGGCCCGGGCCCGGGGCCUGCGCCUGUGGGGAAGGGAGCGGUGGAGGAGGUGAGGAGGCGCUUGAGGAAUGGGCCGUUGGUCGAGACGAAGAGUGCGGGCGGGCUGCUUAGGCAGAUGUGGGAGGAGCUGGUGAGGGCGGUGAGCGAUACGGUGCAGAUGGGAGGGCGGGGGCUGGUGUAG